GGCGAGUUGACGAGUUCACCAGAGUUCACUUCAGUUCACUUGUGAGAGUGCUGGAGAGUGCUGUUCAGCACAGAACAUAAGUGAGAUUGGUGGACUUGGUGGAGUUCAUUGAUUCGUAGUGACAAUUCUACUUUGUCCUGAUUUUGUGUUUUCGCAUGUUUGCUAUAAGAACGAUAAGUAUUAAAUAUUCGUCAAAAGUGGCUGUACUAUGAACCGACUGGAUGAUCCGCCGGGGCUCAUGAAAGGCAGAAAACCUUUCAUUGGAAUGAACGGGGCUGCGGAGACAGAUGAUCAACAGCGACUACGGUUUCAGGUUGAAUUAGAAUUUGUACAAUGCCUGGCAAAUCCAAAUUAUUUGAAUUUUUUGGCACAGCGUGGCUACUUCAAAGAUAUGACGUUUAUCAAUUACCUCAAGUACCUAUUAUACUGGAAAGAACCAGAAUAUGCAAAGUAUUUAAAGUACCCCAUGUGCUUGUAUUUCCUGGAUUUAUUGCAGUAUGAGCAUUUUAGAAGAGAAGUUGUGAAUUCUCAAUGUACAAAGUUUAUCGACGAUCAGCAGAUUCUACUGUGGCAACAUUAUACGAGACGUCGAACAAGACUUCUGCAAACGGCUGCUGAACAAACGCAACAUACUAAUUCUCAAAAUAAUGGUAUUGCUCAACCUGGUUCAAAGGUUCCCUAAAGUUGUAAUUUUAUAUUCAUUCUAUUUGUAUAAAAUCUAAAUCUUGUAUAAUUUUUCCAGUAUGAUAGGUUUUUUUUACAGAAGAGCCCAUUGAUUUAGGUUAUUGCUACUUGACUGUGAUAAUUCACAAAACUCUCUGAUUUUCGUCAUUGAAUCAUAUAUUUUGUAUAAAUCUGAAUAAAUUAUUUAUUAAAGAAAUCAAAAAAAGAACAUUUGCAUCAACAGAAUUAAUUUUUUUUCUGUUUGGUCUUAUUGUAAUUGUUAUGACUGAUAUUUAUAGUCGAUUCUUAUAUUUAAGACCAUCUUAAAAAGUCAUCAACCAAUCAGAGAGCCGUAUUAGCAUCUUAAGACAUAACUUAGGACGAUCUUGAAAUAAGAAUAAACUAUGAAUAUGUAUAUCUCGGUCUAUAUGUAUAUCUCGAUAUAAUAGUGUUACAUUCUCGUAAUGUACACUAUGAGAAUCUGCUUUUUAAAUGAUCAUCUGUACAUUGAAUUAAUUGUGCGAAAAAAUGAAUAAACGACAAGUGACAAUUGAUUUCUCUGACAAUGAACUGACAUUCAUUAAAAACCUAGAGAUUUUUAAGAAUUGUGUCGCUUUGUAUGGAUGUAUUGUAACUGCGAUUGUUAUUUCCUUAUAGCAUUAAAGUUGUGUGAGUGAACACUUUGUGUGAGGAUCUUUAGGUGCAACAAUACUUUAAAGUAUAACGAAACAUUCAUAUAUACAUGUUAUGUCUAUCUUAAGCUAUUUUCAAGUUUUUUUACAGCAUCUUGUGUUUCAUUUCUGUCGAAAUGUUUAUAUUUUAUUAUAUUUAACAUUGGCAUGAAAUCAAGGAAAAGAGAUUGUUCUCCCAGAUGAAUGAAUGAGAAAAGAAAUAACAGUGAAUAUUUUGAGUCUAAUUUAUAUCGUGCGAAUGUGUAUACAUUCACAUGUGACGCUAAUAGUUUACAUUAUAUUUCAUGUAUAUUACGAGUGAGAGACGCAAUCGAAUAUCUUGUACGUGAUGAGUGAUUAUACUAUUGUUUCUUAUAACAUACAUACAUACAUACAUACAUAUAUAUAUAUAUAUAUAUAUAUAUAUAUAUAUAUAUAUAUAUAUAAAUCUAAACAUGAACGUUCGCAUCGUUGUCAAACAUAAAAGUAAAUAAGACGGUCAAAAUUAAUGAGCAAAACAGACAAAGGAUGCGAUUUAAAAAUAAAUAAUUACCAUUAUUUUAAUAAAAAAAGACGAGUUUUAAUUAUAAUAAUGAUGGAUCUAUUAUGUAAAUAAUAUACCAUAAAUUAAUUCCGCGACAGAUAAAUUAACUUAUUUGGGUAAAAUGUCAAAAUUAAAUUGUGCGAGCGUUUAUUAUCGGAUGAUGAUCUUAUUGUCAGGGUAAACGAAGCAUGACUAAGGCAGAACGUUUAAACGAGCAUUGUUACUGUGUGUCUUUAACUGUAUUUGAACGAGUCAAGUAAAUAAAAAUAAGAAUUAUGUAGAA